CUUUGUGACGUCAUCCUCUCCUCAUAAUGACACUGCAUACAGCUUAACCAAACUAUGUUUCUUUGAAUGAGCUUGCGUUUCUGGUCUUCCAAUGUCACACGCUAAUGAACGUAAAACUGAACGAAUCAGUGAAGGAUUCAAAAGAUUCGACUCACUGAGUUCAAUUUAAAACUCCAACGCUGUCAGACUUUCACAGUUUCAUCCCAGCCUAUUAUUCUCCCGUCCCAAAAUAAUACCGAAUAAUGCCCAUAUACGUAUAAAUCCAAGGCCUUUCAGUAAAGAAACGUGAUAAUAAUAAUAAAACCGAGGAUGUUCUGAAUGUAAGAAUUUUAGAAAGCCUCAGGUAAGGCACUAGCGCCCUCGUGUGUUAAAAACUGUAAUGGGCCUCGUUGGCAGAAUGAGUGAUGUUAUGUAACGCCUGUCAACGCGCCCCUUCUCACAAGAACUCACUACUUCACUUCUGCUCUUGUGGCAAAUAUAGUAUCUAUACGAACCCACAGCCCUUCUUAUAGGCUCUCAGCGCACGUGAAGAACAGUGUGCUUAUUCAAAACAUAAACAAGAGGCGUGGCGCGAGGUGGAGUUAGCUGUCAUGAAGGCUACUACCAUGCAUAACUCUCGUUUUACUGUCCAGAGCAGCUACCUACGUGAUAUAAUAUCAGUCUAAGGGACUUUAUACACUGACUAAAUACUUUGUAGGUAUUUAUAUAAGUAGGUAUUUUGAUAUUAAAGAGAAGAGUGCAGACCCCAAAACGGAGGUACCGCGUGUUCUGUAAUGUGACACAAAGAGCUGUCAAGAAGGGGGAGGGCACCUUACAACAGAAAUAAAAAAGCUCAUGAGUUGUUCUCCAAUGACAGAACACCCGACACAACUUCAGGGGCUGGCGUUUAUUUGCCUUUUUACCAAAGUUGUACAAUCGGAGCCGAGCAGUCCAACGUGGCGAUCUCUCAAGCACCAGAAGAGCGGGAUAAAAAUAUUGCACUGGGUCUGAACGACUGGAUUUUUAGCUGAAUCGAUAACACAGAGGCUGUCAGUCAGUCGAAGAAGAAAAGAAAAAAAAACACUCACACACAGGGCAACUCCCCCUGAUCCGGGCUGCAAGAUGGAGAAGCCGCCGUUGCUCGAUGGUGAGGAUGGGAGUGUAUUGGCUGAGAGUCGAUCAGACGUGGCUCUGGUGUCGGCUGAUGAAGAAGGGUCUGCGGGUGCCCAUGGGCAGGAGGAUGACAGGCCAGCGUGGGACAGUAAGCUGCAGUACGUGCUUGCCCAGGUGGGCUUUAGCGUUGGCCUAGGCAAUGUCUGGAGGUUCCCCUAUCUCUGCCACCAAAAUGGAGGAGGUGCCUUUAUGUUACUGUAUGUGAUGCUGUUGCUUAUUAUCGGGGUUCCUCUGUUCUUCAUGGAGCUGGCCGCUGGGCAGAGCAUCCGUCAGGGCAGCAUCGGUGUCUGGAAACACAUCUCACCUCGCCUUGCUGGCAUCGGUUACUCCAGUUGCAUGGUUUGUUUCUUCGUGGCCCUGUACUAUAAUGUGAUCAUUGCCUGGUCUCUGUUCUAUAUGGGGAAUUCAUUCCAGUAUCCAUUGCCAUGGGAACAGUGUCCUGUAGAUAUGAUCUCAAACCAGACAGUGAAGGAAUGUGCAGCAAGCUCUCCUACCUCAUAUUUCUGGUUCAGGAAGGCUCUGGAUAUCUCAGACUCCAUAGAUCAGUCAGGAGAGUUUAACCCCAUCCUGACCGGUUGCCUGCUUGCAGCUUGGGCUAUCGUGUGUCUUGCAAUGAUCAAGGGCAUCAAGUCUUCUGCCAAGGUGAUGUAUUUCUCCUCAGUGUUUCCUUACGCUGUGCUGAUCUGUUUUCUCAUCAGAGGGCUCAUGUUGGAUGGUGCAAUAGAGGGCAUCAAAUAUAUGUUUUACCCUAAGCUGGAGAUCUGGGGGGAAGUGCAGGUGUGGCGUCAGGCUGCUACACAGGUGUUCUUUGCACUGGGUCUAGGUUAUGGCUCUGUGAUCGCUUACUCGUCCUACAACCCUGUGCAUAACAACUGCCACCGGGACGCCAUCAUGGUCUCUGGCAUCAACUUUAUGACCUCAGUACUGGCCUCUCUGGUUGUCUUUGUGGUCCUCGGUUUCAGAGCCAAGAACAUUGCUCUGAAUUGUGUUGCAACUAAUGUGGUCAGGAUGGCAGAAAUGGCAAAAACAGGUUCAGCGCAACAUUGGUGGCCAUGGUUCAACAUGUCGGACCCCAAAUUAGUGGCUCUUCAAGAUUAUAGAGAAUGGUACAGCCACUAUGGAAGCCUGCUAGGGUCAAAUAUCACUGACUGUGACCUGGAAAGAGAAAUGAGCAAGGGUGUGGAAGGCACGGGUUUGGCGUUUAUAGCAUUUACGGAGGCGAUGGCAUUGUUUCCUGCAAGUCCAUUUUGGUCGACUUUGUUCUUCCUCAUGCUGCUGAAUUUGGGCCUAUCCACCAUGUUUGGCACCAUGCAGGGGAUUCUUACCCCACUCAUGGACAACUUCCGAGUGCUGGGGCGCCACAAGACCAUGUUGACGGUGUGUAGCUGUAUCCUGGGCUUCUUCAUUGGCCUGCUAUUCACUCAGAGAAGUGGCAACUAUUUUGUGACCAUGUUUGAUGACUAUUCUGCCACAUUGCCACUGAUCAUCGUUGUUGUUUUUGAAACUGUCAGCGUGGCGUGGAUUUACGGUGCUGAUCGUUUCUUGGAUGAUGUGGAGGUGAUGCUGCGCUGGCGCCCUCCAGUGGUUUAUUGCUAUUUGUGGAAGUAUGUGUGUCUGCUUGGCAUGGUGGGAUUGCUGGCUGCUAGUCUUCUCCGCAUGGUCUUCAAACGGCCCACUUACACAGCUUGGAACCACACCACGGGAUCUGAAACUAGCCUGGAGUAUCCUGGAUGGGCUCUGGUCAUGCUCUCCACGCUGAUCAUCGUAGCAUCUCUCCCCGUCCCCGUUGGCUACCUGCUGUCCUUCCUCAGAGGUGGACAGAGCCUACCAGUGGAGGAGGGCGAAGUUCAGCCUCCAAGAGAACGAUACUCUAAAUACAAUUCUUCUGAGCCAGAGCCAAAUAACCAUCACUCCCCACUGGAUGAAGACAGGAAUCGGCCGCGCUCCACCUUCCUUCAUCUGGGUGCUGAACAUUACGUGCUGCUCCCGCAACAGGAAGAUGGAGAGGAAGAGGAAGAGGAAGAGGAAGACACUGGGCUGUAAGGAAAUGCAGGGACAAAAUCGAGAUAAACAGGUGUUUGAGCAGAAAACAACAAGACUGUUAAUUGAUCAGUAAUGGAGUGGAGGGAGACGGACUACAUUUAUUCUCAUUAUGCUAAUGCACAUUCAUGAAAAUUAUGUGUCAACCAAGGCCCUAUUUGAGAGGGGUGCUUUUUGUGAGUGCACCAAUCAUUGAAUUGGUUUGUACUUGAAUCCUUACAUGUACUUAGUGAUGUGCUCAAUUGCAAAGGUGCCUCUUAAAGGAAGAAAAAUCAAAUUUGCUGAAAAUGUACUCACCCUCAUAGAUACAUUUGGAACAGAUUUGAAGCUAAAGUCAUCUUGAUUAAUUUCUUUCUUGCAAACACGCAGCUUCGUUGUGUG